AUGUUGAGAAACAUAAAUGACAGAGAUGUAGCGUUUGAAGAAGCCAUGGAUAUUGUGUCGGAACCUAACGAAGAACACCAAGAAGUUCAGGAGACAAACAAAGGGAGGCAGUUGGAAAAUGAUCAUAUAGUUACAGAAACCGGAGAUACAUACUUCACUACGGAAACAAAUGAUAUUGCACUUUUAGAAGUCAUGCAAAAGAAUCUCGAUACCAUGGAAGGUGCAAGUCCGUAUUACAAGGAACUUUACAAAAGACGCUUUGUAAAUGAUAGCAACGAUAAAGAAAAUGCUAUUCCCACUGGAGGAAAAUCUGUUAUGAAUAGUGGGCUGAUGGAUUAUUUUCAAAAACGUCAACUAGAGAUAUAUCCUCUUGAACUGUUUUCUGACAAUUAUCAGGAUAUCUUCACUCCUACUAUUGGGGAGUAUUUGCAAUUCAAAACAAAUCCAGCUAUGAACAAAGGGACGGCAGUGUUUACAUCCGGUUUCUGGAGAGAAGGAAUAUGCCAAAACAUAAAAAAUGAUCCUUCUCGGGGAAAGAUUUUUGUUAUUAAAGACAUAAUUACAAGUUUUACAUUUGAACUAAAUAGAUAUCAGCUAAGACCAAACCAUUGA